UCUCCUCGCAAGCAGAGCGUCAACGGCAAGCUGGCAGAGGAAGUGUACACCGCGGGCAACCUGUCCCGGCCAGAAUCGCUCAAGGCGUGCUACUCCAAUGACAUUUCGGCCUUCCAGUGCGGCUACGACCCAGAUGAACUAUACCCUAAGGGCUUCUGCUGCCCGUGCGCGGAGGACGAGUGCCCGCCUGGUGGCCGCCAGAGGCGCUGCGACUCCACCGAGCGCAGCCCCAGCACGCACUGCCUUAAGGAGAGCCCGUACUGGUACUUCGUGACCGCGCUCGCUCCUGCCGUCGUCUACCACGCGCUCGAGGUGCACGUCUUCAGGAAGAGUGGGCCUCGCUCGUGGCACAGCGUGACAGGACCCAAGGGCGUCUUCCUUAGCACCGACUACCCGACGAACCGCGCCGGCGACAACGGGGCAAAGGACUACCUCCUUGUUCGAAAUCACCUGUUAGGCCUUGGUGACGCGGCGUGCUCCAAAGUUGGGUCGUACUUCAAAGCUUUCUGGAAUCAAGACGAGCGCUGUCAGCGCCAAAUUGGAAGCUGCCUGGAGCUGCAGCCGUUAGAUAUGUGGUCCCGAGACAACGAACUGCGGUCUCGGGGCAUGAGGACCGAGCACUUGUUGGAGGGCUUCGCGGAUCCCUCGGACGACCCGAUCUUGCUGAACGAGAAGACAGGGCGGCGCUACCUGACCCUCCGCUACGCGGGCCCUCACCUCAGCGUCGCCUUCCUCGAGAUCAGCGCCGACGGGCUCAAGCGCCGCGCGUCCGAUGCGAAGCAGUCCCUGAGCGAGGUGAGCACAACAGCCUCGGGGAAUCCGGUCGUCAUCCGGCUCUACGCCACCAACACCGGCCACAGUCCUGCGGUGGUCAGGGCUGUGAUUCAUGGCUGCAGCUUCGGCUUCGGAUCGGCCAGUACCGACCAGAUUCCUCUGUCCCCGGGACAGAAGCUGCUCAUGCUGCUCACCCUCCGGGUCGAAGGCAGCAUGCCUACCACCGACGUGUGGUGCACCGUGGCUCUUGAAAGCGACGGCCAUCGUAUCAUCACGUCCAGGAAUGUGCUCAUCAGGCCAAAAAGUCACUGCCUCUGCUAUCUGGACUGUCAAUGCACGUGCUUGGGCGAACUGGUGAUGUGCAAGACGGAAAGUACGGCAAACCGGGACAAACGGAACACCAACACCAUGCCUUCAGCGGCACCCGUGCGGAAGCCCACGUCACCGACGAUGACGAGCUCGUCUCACUUCUACAAGAUCCCAGAGCCCCUGCACACUGCCUCGGCGAUUGAAGACGCAGCGGACCCACUGUCCUGCGGCCUAUCCACAACAAUCAUCGUACUCGAAAUUCUACUUUGCUUGGGCUUGUUCAAAGCAAUAGUUGGUCUUGCAAGCCCACCUGUAGCAAGAUGGGGCCUUCAAAAUUAUAUUGCACAACUCGAGCACUCUCGUGACACUGAUUCAAAUGGUUCAUCAACCUACGAUGAGUAAGUGAUAAAUGAUUGAUAGCGCUUAGCAACUGAAACAGCAAAGGAGCCAUGAGACAUGCAGUAGUAGAUAGCACCGAACUGAUUCUGACCACCUAGGCUUCUUUAGCAUGCAUCCAAGCUUGGUACACGAGUAUUCUUACAUUCUUGCAUUCUAUUCCCAACAGAAUGAGGCCAACCAUGACCUUAAUUGGACUCAGCAGCAGAAUGCGAGAGCAAUUCAGAUGGGUGACAAUAACACCUGUUCAAUUAUACGAGUGGUUACUUAUAAAGCAAAUCAAUGAUUUUCUAUUGCACCAAGUUUUACCAUGUUAGUCAUGCAUUUGUGCUUGCGGCAGCCAUAUAAACUGCCAAGUCAUACCAUCUCAGCGCAACAUUCAGGCUUAGCAUUGCUAUCAUAGCACUGUUUUGAACUUUGCUCAUACUACAAUCCUGUACAUAUAGCACACACU